CAUUAAAUAGCAUAUGUAUAUUGUAGUUUAUCACUUGCAAAAUUAUAUGACUACACUUUAGUUGCACUAAUUAUAUUGUUACAAAGUAUAUGUAAUGACAAUACUGGAAGGUGCUUCGAACGAUGUGGAAGUUGUUAACAAUGAAGAUGAAGAGAAAAAAGUGCUUGAGACUUUUAUCUUAGAAGCGACCGAGCGCAUAACCUCCAAAGCAGAGUUGAGAAACGUAAACCAAAAUGCAGGAAAUAAUAGACCGAGCGAUAACCACUUCACGAAGCUGGAUUCCAGCCUUAAGAAAAAUACAGCUUUUGUUAAGAAGAUCAGGAACUUUAGUUCAACUCAAAUUGAUGUAUACCUUAAAGAUAUGUCUGGUUUGAAUUUAACAAAGUACAUCUCAGAGAUAGCGGCUGCCAUUGUGGAUAGCAAACUAAAGAUGACUGAUGUUGCAGCUGCUGUUAAGAUGUGCUGCAUAUUGCACCAAACUUAUUCAGAUUUCUCUCAGCACUUAUUUGAGAAUUGGCAGAAGAUUCUUAAUAUCAAAACAAGUGAUAAAAUUAACAAUCCAAGCAAACUCCGUGUUGAUCUAAGAUUCUAUGCAGAGCUUGUUAAUGUGAACAUAUUUAAUAAUAAAACAGCAUUCUCCUUGCUGGGCAAUGUCCUUUUGACUUUGAUCAAUAUGGAUAAGGAGGAGCAUUUAAAUAUUUCUAUUGUUUUAAGCUUCUGUAGACAUUGUGGAGAUGAGUAUGCAGGAUUGGUUCCAAGGAAAAUACAUGAGUUGGCUAAUAAAUACAAAUCUACAAUUCCAAAGAGUGAUUUUCUGCCACCUGAGAAGCAGCAAAAUGUAAAAUCACUUCUUAAAGAUUACUUCACUUCAUUAAGCAAACACCUUGUGAAGGACCAUAUUGAGAUGCAGGAUUUCGAGAAACAGAACUAUAGAAUUUUACAAACCAAAGGAGAGCUCAGUCAGGAAAGAAAAGAUAAACUUGAAUCUCUUCAAAUUUCUUAUGAUAAAUUAAUAACAGCUGCACAGAACUUUUCUGAAAUUCUGGAUGAGAAUAUGCCUGAACUUAGGGCUAACAUUAUUACAAAAGAUGAAGAGAAUAUGGUUGUGACUGGUGCAGGAGUUGACUUUGAUGGAGAUGGUUCAAAUGUAGCCAAUGGUGAAAAUAUUUGGUGUGACAGUGAGACUCAGAGAUUUUACUGUGAGUUACCUGAACUGCAAGCGUUUCUACCAACAUCCAUGAUCAAUAAAUCGGCUCCAAAACCAGAAGCUGAAUCUGAAGUGACUGAGGAAGUUUUAGAUUCAGAGCUACCGGCAGAAGAGCUAGAGGAAGAGGACACUAAAGUUGAAGAUCCACCAGUGGAAGAUGAAGUUGAAGAUACAUCUUCAAUCACCGUUAGCAACAAGAUUGUGCUCGAAGCUUUCUUGAACAAUCUGCCGAACUGCGUCAACCGCGAGAUGAUUGACAACGCGGCUAUAGACUUUUUGGUCACAUUAAAUACAAAACAUAACCGUCGGAAAUUGGUUAGAAGUCUUUUUAGUGUUAAUAGAACCCGUUUGGAUCUAUUGCCAUUUUAUGCCAGAUUCGUGGCCAUACUUUAUCCAGCGCUACCUGAAAUUGCGAAUGACUUAUGCCAGAUGCUGCGACAGGAUUUCAAGUAUCACGUCCGUAAAAAGGAUCAGAUUAACAUCGAGUCAAAGAUCAAAGUGGUGCGAUACAUUGGAGAACUCGUCAAAUUCAAUUUAUAUUCGAAGAUCGAGGCACUAUAUUGCUUGAAAGUAUUGCUGCACGAUUUCUCACAUCACCACAUUGAAAUGGCGUGUAAUUUGCUUGAAGUUUGUGGGCAUUUUCUUUUCUGCUUACCGGAAUCACACCAAAGGACCAAGGUUUAUUUGGAGCAGAUGAUGAGGAAAAAAGCAGUUAUGGCUUUGGAUUCGCGCUACGUUACGCAAAUCGAGAAUGCCUAUUAUUAUGUUAAUCCACCAGAUCUCGUUGCCGUGGCCAAGAAGGAAAGACCGCCGAUGCAUCAGUUCCUGAGAAAACUGCUUUACCAAGAUUUGCAGAAAACUAAUACUGAUAAGAUUUUACGUUUGAUCCGAAAAUUGAAUUGGAGUGACGACGAUACUGCUGCCUACGCUAUUAAAUGUUUAACUGGUGCUCAUAAUAUGAAAUAUUUUAAUAUUAGAUGUUUAGCCAAUCUACUAGCCGGUCUUGUCGCAUAUCAAGAUGAGGUAGGCACAAAAGUUGUUGACGGAGUCUUAGAAGAUAUCCGUUUAGGAAUGGAAGUUAACUCACCAAAAUUUAACCAACGGCGAGUAGCUCAAGUAAAGUAUCUGGGAGAACUUUAUAAUUAUCGAAUUGUAGAAAGUACCGAUAUUUUCAAGGUUCUCUAUUCGUUGAUAAGUUUCGGAGUGAGCAUGGAUUCGGAGAGCCCAUCGAUUUUGGAUCCUCCGAAUCACUUGUUUCGCAUACGGUUAGCUUGUGUCUUAUUAGAAACGUGCGGUAUGUACUUCAGCAGUGGAUCCAGUAAACGCAAAUUAGAUUACUUCUUGACGUUCUUCCAAGCGUACUAUUGGUUCAAGCACAGCUUAUGGGGCGAGGCGUUCCCGCCUCCAUUGGAACACUUGUUCAAGGACACAUUGAAUCAACUUAGGCCGAAGUUGAAACUGUGUACAUCUUAUGAAGAUUCGCAAAAAGAAAUCAUGCAUAUUAAAAGAAACUUGGGCAUCUCUGAUCACAUGCAAGACGAUGAAACGAAAGGGGAUGGAUUAGAAAUAAUUACCGAGACUGAUAACGAAGAGCAAGGAGAAGAUGAAGUAUCCGAUUGUGUCACAGCUCCAAUUACGACUGACGACACAGCCACCGAAGACGAGACUGUUGAUAAUACUCAAGGCUCUGAUGAAGAAGUCGACAGGGAUAAUAGUGAUAUGGACCAGCAAGAUCAACAAGGCGUUGCGUCCGAAAUUGAAGCAAUCCCGAGUGGUCCAAGGAAGGUGGAGUGUAAAGAAGAUGACGAGUUCUUGAAUGCGUUGGAUAAAAUGGUAUCGGAGAAUAUCCAGGAAAGAAUGCGUGAGACUGUCAAGGCAUCGCACAUCGACAUUUCGGUACCGGUGCUGAAGUCGAACAAGAAAAAUUACGACCAACUCCAAGAGACCGGUGAUAAGGACCAGAACACUAUGGGAUUUGUCCUGAUGGUACGCAAAGGAAACAAGCAGCAGUACAAGCCGUUCGAAGCAGAUAUAAACUCGGAGCUGGCACAGAAUCUGAGAGAUCAGGAGUUGGCACAACGUGAAGAGAAAAUGAAAGUGAAACGAUUGACGUUGAAUAUAUCUGAGAGGUUCGAGGAGGAAGACUUUCAAGAGAUGAUGCAACAACAGAGUAGACCAGUUACGCAAAACCUGAACAGAGAAAGGAAAAAGUACCAACACCCGAAAGGUGCACCCGAUGCAGAUUUGAUCUUCGGAAAACGUGUUCGAUAAUUAUUCGUUUGCCCCUUUUUUAAUUGUUGGAAUUAUUAACUUCUAUUUCGUUUUUAUAUUGAUUCCUCGCUUUACAGGAAUUAUGUAUAUCUAUUUUGAUAUU